AGUUUUUGGUGCUGUUUUUUUACUACGUUUAAAUUCGAAAAAAUGUUACAAACGUUGGGAUACUGAAAUGAGGAAAACAUAUGGAAAAUUUGCAAAAUUUGCCGAUGCAACAACAGUAGCAGCUACAGGUAUUUCACAAGCAACUACUGUCGAUGGUAUGUCUCAAACGACUGGUGGUGAUACGACAGGUGCAACUAAUACAGGUGAUAAAAAUGAAUUUUAUUAUGAAAAUAACAACUAG